CAGUGUAGACACACAAGAUCAUGUAUAUUUUUAAAAUACUGCCGAUACCCUGUGAUUUUAUUCUUUUGUUUCUACCUUAAUAAGUGAAAACAGAAACAAAAUUAGCGAGCGGAUCAUUCUCUAUGCAAAUUUCUCGCAAUAGCCCCGCCCUUUAUAAAACCCGACUCUGUAUUGCUUUACGACAGUAUGUCGUGAAAUAACGGAGCAUUGACGUAGCAUUGGCGGAAGCUAGCCUUGUGCUUUACGGCAACGACUCUAGGUAGGUUCGGGUCCGGAUAGGCUCAAGAGGUGCAGGGCGGGCUGCAGGUGUGCAAGGGCUGCAGGUAGCGGCAUCUGUUUUCGUAUGUAGCAUUAGGGUUUGUUUUUGUUUGUUUUUGAGUCUUCAGGAAGGCGAGAGUAAUCCCCCCACUUCACUGCUGGGAGUCGGAGAUUCUGUUACUGGCCCUCCCUUCCCUGCGCCGUUUCCUUUACGCACACUUGACUCUUAGGCAGGUUAGACUCGCCCUCCCUUCUAGAAUGAUGUCUCGUCGUUUGAUUUGGUUUUAGUUCUGUUCUUUGGGAGAAGUCCAGCUUCCGGUGCCUCCUGAGCGGACCCCCCUCUCGCCUCCAUCUUCGUCCCCCGGGGAGCCCGGCCCCUCGCUCGCCGCGGUCGGGAAUGGAGCGGGAUGGCUCUCCGCGGUCUCCACCGCCGGAGGGCUCUUCCCCGCCUGGAGAGGGCCCUGCUUCUGACCUCGGACAGGCCCUGUCCCAGAUCCUGCACCGUCUGACCGGCCCGGAGUCCCGACGGGGCAGAGCCAGGAAUGCAGCUCUCCAGGACCUCGGCGCUCUCCUGGAAGCCACAGAGUGCGAUCGGUUAUUUGCGGGGAGUGACACGCCGCUCGGCGGAGCGCCCGGGACGCUGGGGGAGGUGGCAGCCGCCCUGGAGAAGCAUGCAGCGCCCCGCAAGGAGGAGGAAGGCGGAGGGGAUGGGUGCUCUGCGGUGGCCGAGAAGGCGGCGGCGGUUGGGCUGCUGUUCACCAAGCUCCUGAGGAGAGUGGAGUCGGCCAAGGAGUCCCCGGGUUGCCUCGCAGGGAAGAGAGGCCUGCGCCACCUGGCCGGACCCAUCUAUGUGUUCGCCAUCACUCACAGUCUGCCGCAGCCGUGGACCAGGCCGGCGUCUCGGGACGUUGCUAGAGAGGUGCUCGCCUUACUGCUGCGCGUUACUGAGUGUGGUUCUGUGGCAGGAUUCCUCCACGGGGAACACGAAGGCGAGAAAGGGAGGUUUGCUGAGAUAAUGGGGCUUCUCCAGCCCGAUUUGAAUAAGGAAUCCUGGAAGAAUAACCCUGCCACCAAACAUGUUUUCUCCUGGACUCUGCAACAGGUCACUAGACCCUGGCUGAACCAACAUCUAGAAAGGAUACUUCCCCCAUCCUUGCUCAUCUCAGAUGACUAUCAAAUUGAGAACAAAGUCCUGGGUGUCCAUUGCCUCCAUCACAUUGUGCUUAAUGUGCCAGCUGCUGAUUUGCUCCAGUAUAACAGGGCCCAGGUCCUAUACCAUGCCCUUUUCAACCAUCUGUACACACCGGAGCACCACCUCAUUCAGGCUGUGUUGCUGUGUCUGCUGGAUCUGUUUCCAGUCCUGGAGAAAGGCCUGCACUGGAAGGGAGGUGCAGCUCGACCCACCACACACUGCGAUGAGGUCCUGCAGCUGAUCCUGACCCACAUGGAGCCAGAGCACCGCAUUCUCUUACGCAGGACCUACGCGAGGAAUCUGCCAGCUUUUGUGAAGAGGCUGGGGAUCCUGACCGUCCGGCACCUGAAGAGGCUAGAGCGAGUCAUCCUUGGUUAUCUGGAGGUUUAUGAUGGGCCAGAGGAGGAGGCGAGGUUGAAGAUAUUGGAAACCCUAAAACUUCUCAUGCAGUAUACUUGGCCCAGAGUUUCCUGUAGACUUGUGGUCUUACUGAAGGCUCUCUUGAAACUGAUAUGUGAUGUAGCAAGGGAUUCAAGCCUUACACCGGAGCCUGUUAAGGGUGCUUUAUUAGAGGAGGCCACAGACUGCCUGCUUCUCCUGGACCGCUGCUCUCAAGGACAAGUGAAGGUCAAACUUCUCUCCUGAGCACCAGACUCGUAUAUACAUCCAGAUGCUACUUGACAUCUCGGCUUGGUGGUCUAAAAGGCAUCAUGCACAUUAACAUGUCCACAUGGAGCUCUCGACUCCACCUCUUUCAAAAGAAUACUGUGCUCCUCCCCCAGCCUUCCCCUCUCCAGAAAUAAAACCACCACUCAACUGUUUGUUCAAAUCAAAAUAUCCUUGAUCUCUCUUUUUUCAUUUAACCCAUCGCCAAGUCUUUUCUAUUAAACCUCACAUUUAUCCAUUUCUUUUCAUAUCCGCCAUGACUACCUUAACUGAAGCUUCCUUCAUGAUAUUCUAGUCUCCUGGCUUCCAUUCUUUCUCUCCUUCAAAAACCUUUCACACAACUAGAGAACUUCACACAAUUGUAAACCAGAUGUCAUUUCCCAUGGAAACCCCUAAGAACACUUCUUACAAGACUUCACAUGCUCUUGGUGUCCUUG